UUCUUCGAUCGCCAGCUCGCUCAUCACUUCUUGCUACGCAUCUUAUCACUAAGUCGUAUCGAUCGCGUCCACGAGCCAUCAUGCGUCUUCUCGAUGUCAAGACUCUCGAAUUCACCGAGUUCCCAGAUGAGAAAUCCCUGCCGAAGUACGCGAUCGCGUCGCAUCGAUGGGGGCGUGAGGAAGCUACCUUCGAAGAUGUGCAAGAGGAGCGUAACAAGAGCAGUGUCGGAUAUAGGAAAGUAGAAGCAUUUGCACAGUAUGUGCAAAAGCACGUGGCAUCAGUGAACUGGCUAUGGAUCGAUACUUGUUGCAUAAACAAGAAGGAUGCCGUCGAACUCUCGUACUCCAUCAACUCAAUGUUCAGGUGGUAUCGCAAUACAGAAAUUUGUAUUGCGCAGUUGGCAGCUGCAACGCAGCAGAGCGACAUCGGGCUGGACGAAUGGUUCCACAGAGGCUGGACACUGCAGGAGUUGCUUGCGCCGCGCUUGGUUGUCUUUCUGACGAAGGACUGGCAAGUCAUCGGCAACAAAGGGUCAACGUUUUACCCACGUAACAAUAUCGGGCCUGACCUUGGAGCACAGAUCGCCAAUAUAACAGGCAUACCUGAGCGUAUAUUGCACGACUGGGGAGCGAGUAUGAAUAUGCGAGUCGAGGACAAGAUGCUUUGGAUGGACAAUAGGAAAACGACUCGAGAGGAAGACAUGUCAUAUGCUUUGUUUGGCAUACUAGGAGUGGCUCCGGGCGCGAAUUACGGAGAAGGUGCGGACAAUGCUAGAAAUCGAGUCCUUGCUGCAAUCCGGCAGCGCGACGAGGUGGAAGGUCAACGGAAAGCACGAUAUCAAGAAAUCACCAAAUGGCUCAGGCCUUCUGAUCCAUGGACGAACCAUGAGUCUGCGCGGAAAUUGCACGUAGAGCGGACCGGAGAAUGGCUGCUACAAACAAAGGAGUAUCAAUCGUGGAAAUCUGGAGAAGACCAAUGUCUAUGGCUAUAUGGCGGUGCUGGCUGUGGGAAGACUGUGCUUUGCUCUACUGUGAUCGAGGAUAUGAAGGCAUACCGUGAAAGUAAUAGCAAUAUUGGUCAUACUAUCUUCUACUUCUCGUUCUCGGACGAGCGUAAACAAUCGUACGAAGAUCUUCUGACUUCUCUUGUCGCACAGCUUGGGCACCGGGAGCCGGCCUUCUCGACUCUCCAGCAAAUGUACGACAAAAUUGACCGCAAACCACCCGGGCAAGGGGAGCUCGAAAAUAUUCUACACACAGCGCUAGCAUCGUACGAACGGGUUUUCUGCCAUCUGGAUGCAUUGGACGAAUGCCCUGAAGAAAGAGGAGCUCGACAGCGCCUGCUAGAGAGCAUAGAGAGGCUUCUACGACAAGCACCGAACAUGCAUUUGAUUGCAACUAGCAGAGACGAGCUUGGAAUUCGCGAUGCUAUGGAGCAACUCGGCGUCAAGUCUAUUUGUUUGACUGGCAGGAAAAUCAAUUCUGACGUCCAGCGAUAUGUGUCAAAGCAGCUGGCUCGCAUACCGAAGCUUUCGCGGCUUGAUGCUGCUACUAAGGAAUUGGUUGAGACGACUUUGACAGAGAAAGCAGAUGGGAUGUUCCGGUGGGUCUUCUGCCAGCUCCAAGAAUUAUCAAAAUCGAAGCGCACUACGCCUAUAGUAGUGAAAGCUGCGCUACUCGCACUCCCUGCGACCUUGGACGAGACAUAUGAGCGGAUGCUGCAGAACAUUGCUGCUGAAGACCAAGCAUAUGCACUGACACUUCUUCGAUGGCUUGCAUACUCGCAGACCCCCUUAAGACUAGAUGAAGUAGCCGAAAUCAGCACCAUCGUUCCGGGCGAGGAUCCUGCUGCCGACGAUAUUGUGGACAUUAACAAUCGAGGCGGAUUGACCGAUGUUUUGGACAUACUCGCUGGACUCGUUGUUAUGGUUGAAGCUGAAGCUUUGAAUGAAAAUGCGGCUACUGAGAAUUCGUCCCUUGACAAUAUUAGCAAGGGAGACGACCAUAUUGAUGAAGGUUCCAGGCGACUGAUCGAAAAAGGUACAAAAAUCAGACUGGCACAUUUCUCUGUGAAGGAAUACCUUGAAUCGACACGGAUAAAAGGAAGCGUCGCUCAAAGCUUUCGACUAGACCCAACCCGAGAACAUCGGUGGAUCACACAAAACUGCCUCGUGUAUCUGAUGCACUACAGCACCUCCGAGCAAAAGGCUUCUUGUGAGCAAGAUCUUGUCGUGUUUCCUCUGUUGAAUUAUGCUGCUUCAAUGUGGUAUCGCCAUGCCUUGCUUCAACAGGCUGAAGAACAUCGCUGCGAGAUUCAGCUGCUUGAGUCUAAGGCCCAUCGAGCCGACUGGCUCAAGAUACACAAGCCCGAUAUGUCUUGGAGCAGACCUUUCGACAACGAUAGUUACGCUGAUAAGGCGAGCUCAUUGUACUAUGCAAGCUUCAUUGGGCGAGUCGGUGCAGUGCAGCAGCUGCUGGAGGCCAAGGCCGACGUCAACGCGCAAGGCGGACGCUACGGCAACGCGCUCCAGGCCGCAUCUUCGGAGGGCCACGACAAGGUAGUGCAGCUGCUGCUGGAGGCCAAGGCCGACGUCAACGCGCAAGGCGGACACUACGGCAACGCGCUCCAGGCCGCAUCUUCGGAGGGCCACGACAAGGUAGUGCAGCUGCUGCUGCUCGCAGGUGCAGUCGAUAAGGUCGGAGAAGAUGGAGACAUAGAGGAGGAACAACAUGACGCGCUCCUUCGUUUCCUUCGAUACUAGAGUUGAACGCAAGCAAGCGCUGCUUUCGAUUGCCCUGAAUUACUCAAACCCACUUUUACCUAGCUUCGUAUGUACCGCGUUCCUGUAACGUUGUUCCGGUCUAGUAAUUUCCGAUUGCUGCAGUCAGUCUUAAUCUGUCUACUGUACAACGGAUUUCCUCUGCUU